AGAGUGAACCCUUUGCAGUUUGUAUAUCUUUAAUGACUUUUCAUAUUAGGCCCACACUAAGUAAGAAAUGGUACGCUCAUCAAUACAUGUCGGCCCGGUCCAAAGCCUAAAUUGUUUUCAGGAGUGAAGGAUCGACCAUCGUCUUUAGCCGACUGUCCAUCUCCGUCAACGGCACAGUCCUCUGCCCCCGCACUCCUUCCGCAGCACGGCGUAGCAUGCAGCUGGCAAAUUCUCUAGGUCUUAAACUUCAAUUAGCACGACCGACGAGGCAACAACCAGUCUUCUUCAACGGUGAGUCUGCACCAGCUACCAGCGUCCGCAUAUUGGCAGCACCCCUGCGGCCCUGCAGCCCACCACCAGCUACCGCGCGCAGCGCUUUUCCCUGCCGUCCGCCGCAGAGCUUGACUGGCUAACUGUCGACUGCGUCCAUCGGCAGCACCUUCACGCUGUAAAGAACUCUGAUUUCCGUCUCUCGGACUCACUACUCAUCCAGUUGAUUCAUAUUACUGAUUCCUCAACAGUCAGUCAUCACCUACUCGAUGUGAUUUCGCCUUGAAUUUCUCGUGCUUGCUGACCUUCAAACAAGAUUCCAGAACCAGUAAAUGGAUGGCAAAGCUCAGGCCAUGUCUUUCUUACGUUCACCAUUUCUUUCCCGCACGCAAACUCUCUUCAUCUGCAGUGCUCGAAGAGUCAAUUAGGGCAGCCGUUGAGAACAAACAUUAUGAGCAAAUCCCCGACUUCCUUGCUGCCUCCAACACCUCUCUGCAGACCCACAACCCUUUCUCAUUCCUCUCGACCUUCCCGGAAAGUAUGAGAAUCAGGGUCAUUGAUGACAUUCUGCAGUCGUUUAUUCCUCUCCGACCCCGUUAUCGUCCUUCGAGAGCCUAUUCUUUUCUUCUCUCUUACACCCUACAGAGCUCAAACCCUCUUCCUAUAGCUCUUGCGAUUCUUCAACGUACUAUCCGUUCUGGCUGUCUUCCUCCCCCUCAAUCCUACUUGCUCCUUUCCAAUGCGUGGAUUAAACGCAGGAAGAAUCUGCUCUCCGUCUCCGAGAUACUCUCAGAGAUGAAUGCGAUUGGAUAUAAUCCAGAUUCUGGAACUUGCAAUUACCUUAUUUCUUCACUAUGCAAGGUGGAUCAGUUGAAAGAAGCCGUUAGUGUGUUGAGGGGAAUGGGACAAGCUGGAUGUAUUCCGGAUUUGGACAGCUAUGGGUCUUUGAUUUCCGAGCUGUGCGAGCUCAGAAUGAUUGAUGAAGUUUCUGAGAUGGUAAGGGAAAUGGUGGUGACAGUCGGAUUGAACCCUAGGCAGGACAUUUUGGUGAAAGUGCUUGAAGCAAUGACGGCUAACAAGGAAAUACGGAGAGCGGUUAAGUUGGUUGAGAUGUUAGAAGCCGAGGGAGUAUUCCUUGGAUUCGAAUGCUUUGAGUUGGUUCUUGAAGGAUGCAUAGAGUGUAGACAGUUUGUCUUGGCGGGGAAAUUCGUGAUAGAUAUGACUAAAAAGGGAUUCAUACCAUACAUUAAGGUAAGACAGGAGCUGGUUGAGGGCCUUGCUAGUGUUGAUGAAUGGGAGCUUGGGAUUGCUGUGAGGCAGCGAUUCAUGGAGCUAAAGUCAUAGCUUCUCCAGCACGUAUACAAAAAUGUGUUUUGGCUGGUCAAUGGAAGUUAGGGAUUAUGACCGAACUUCUCAUCUUCUCUCUUUCCAUCAUCAAGAAGGCCAUUUUGUCUCAGGGUUUUGUUCCAUAUACGGUCCUUUUCUCUGGAUCUUUAAUGAUUAUAUCAAAUGGUCUGUCUUGUUUGGCCAAAAUAAAUGCAGAAACUGGUUAUGCCGUGAAGGGUAUUAGAGCAAUACCAUAUAUGCCAUUAACUUACUUGAUCCACACUUUAUCUUGAGAGGAAGUGAAGUGAGGAGCUUCACCUCAGCUAGUGCUCGAAAAAUCAUCUCAGGCCAGCAUUCUUGAGCCGUUUCUUCACCGUAUAAAACUAUUGUUACACCUUAAAGGAUAACGUGCCCUCCAACCUCAAUCAUAUCAUUUUGGUACCAAGUACUUAAUGUAUUUCAAUGUUAUCCAACUGAUGACAAAUGUUACAUUUCAUGGUGCCAAAGUAAAUCCUUUCAAACGUGAUUAAGAUGACUAUUGAAAUGCACAAUAGUGUUUUUUAGCAUGUGAACUUCCACUAAAAACCUUUCAAGAUUGCUAAUAUCGUUACUUGACCAAACACAUUUUCGCGUGGCUUCUGUCAUUUGUCUUGAUGUGGUAUCUGGUUCACUUGCUGGCCCAUUUAUAUACUGUAUAAUCGAAAUUCGAUCACAGUGGGCCCAUGGCACCUUGGUAUGUAACUUUUUCAUGAAUAUUGGAGAUUUGAGACGCUUGAAAUAGUUAACAGUUGAGGUACCAGAAUAGAGGAAUACAAUAGAAAUAGUUAUGGAGUACCAUUUGAGCAUUUAACCCCACACUCAAACCAUGAGUUAUGUCAUUCCUGUGAAUCUGUGACUGCCUCAGUAUAGGUAGGCCUGGAGAUCAGAGUUGAAGAUCAUAGCUGUUGGCAUCAAUAGAUACUGCUAGGGGCCUAGGGAUCGAUCGCCUGCUGGCUGCUGCAAAUAUAUAAAUUGUAGCUUACAUUAUCUUACUCAAAUUUUAGCAGCCAGUAAGGGUAACUCUGGCUUCUUCAGCAUUACUGUCAGGUCUUCAGCCCUCUACGGCUCUACCCCCAUUCUGGCAGUUAUCUUCAGUGGUUGUACCUUCUUUAAUUUAUUUUCAAUGGAUGCAUGUCUCAUUCUUAUUCCACGUCCAUACACAUCUGCAACUGGGGUUUUGCUGCUCUUAGCUUUUUUUAAUGGAGAUGUAUUUUUAACUCGGGAUUUAAACAUCCAGCUUUUGCAUCCAACCGUGUUUGUACUAAUACCAGAGUACCAGUCAUUCAGUCUCUACUCUCUAACAUUGUGC